AUGGUGCCGGAAGUGACGGUGGGUCAUGUGGAUAUGGAAAUCUUGUGUCCCAAGCUCCAUUUUCAUCACUGGUCACAGGCAUUGGGCCGUCACUUUAUAAAUCUGGCAAAGAAUGUGGAGCUUGCUACAAGUGUUGCAUGUGACUAUGCCGGGAAAAACAUUGUGUUUAGGAUUGACCCGGGGUCAAACCCUAACUACAUUGCAAUGGUAAUCGAAUUCGAAGAAGGAGAUGGGGACCUGGCCCGGGUGGAGCUGCAACAAGCCUCAAAUGAGCCUAGCGAGUGGUGGGAAAUGGACCAAUCCUGGGGCGCUGUUUGGCAGUUGAACCCCGGGUCGAAGCUCAACCCUCCGUUCUCAGUUCGAUUGACAUCUCAAUAUUCGGGCCGGACUUUAGUGGCUAAAAACGUGAUUCCAGUUGGUUGGACUCCCGGUGGAACUUAUCGAUCCGUGGUUAACUAUCUUUGA